AUGGAAUAUAAAAACGAGAUACUUGAAGACGUUACUAUAGAAAAUGAAUAUAUAAACAAUCGGAUUAAUUUAAUAGAAUAUGAGUCGUUUGAAAAAAUAACUCCUUUAUUACCAAUAAAUCAAAGUUCUUGUAAAGUUUUUUCCGCUUUGUAUGGCAAAAGUAAAACCAUCGUUUGUCUAAAAACGUUAAAACAAAAUUAUUUUAAUAAUAAGAAUACUGAUCGAAAUGUAAUAGAACGAUUUGUAAAUGAGUUGACAAUAUUAUCAAAAUUAUCUCAUGCAAAUGUAGUGAGGAUUUUAGGAUUAUGCCAAGACUCAAUAAAGGAUAGCAUGUUCCUAGUUAGGCAAUAUGCUAAUGGUGGGUCCUUACGACAGCAUUUACAACGUGAUUACUUACGACUAACUUGGUCUGAUAAAAAGAGAAUU